AUGUGCAAACUCGUGAUCGAAUUCUUCGUGUGCGCCUGCCCGCUCCGCAACACCUCAAGAUGCCCUCAUCAAGCCUACAUUCGAGAACCCGAAGACAUCUCGGGCUACCCUAGAAACCCUCCAACAAUUAACAACUAUUACCUCCGUGACCAGAGCGACUAUCAACGCUGCAUCGACUGGGAGCCGUUAAAAGGGACAAAUGUCUACUGGGACCACUGCCUCACUGGGAGGGCUCUGAAUACGCGCGGAGGCAGCGACAUGCUGUGCGGUGAGACGGACUCGGAAGUCUACACGCGUCCUGCAACCGUGAAAGUCCCGGGAAUCUGUCCUGCGUGUGAAUCCAAGCACCCGCCGACUGAAGUGCCCAGCAUGCCCCAAGCCUCGCGGUUCCAGUUUGUUGAGUACUGGAUGCGCAAACAUAGGGAGGCGGACCAUAGUGGUUGGCAGCGAGAGGCUCCCAGAGUUCAACCUGAGAGGCAGACGCUGCCGACAGUGGAGACAGACAAAGCAGAGGUGGAACAGAAGCCAGAGACGGACUCAGAGUUUGGGGAGAGGGUGAGGCUAGAGUUAGAGGAGGCUAUUAAAGACGACAUAGAGACCGAGUCGGAGCAAUGGCACCGGGAACAAUAUGAGGAAAUACUCAGGCAAGCGCUGAAGGGAGGGCCGGGGGCAAAGCCAACGCCGAAGCCAGCGCAAGAGUCAGAAGACGAAGACAACCACGAGGGCACAGAAGCCGAGCCCGCAUUUCUACAACCAAGCGACGACGGCGAUGUUGGCGACUUCUUCAUGAUCCGCCGUCCCAGCACCUUUUCAGAGAGCGGAGUUAUCAUCACUACUGGCCUGAACAUAACUGGCCUAAACAUACGAGAAGCCCCCAAGGCCGAUAGCAGCACUAAUUACACCACCGCCGUCACUCAGCCAAGCGCGAGGACGGGCACCGUGCUCCAGACAGCCAUGGCCGCCGCACACAUGACGUUCGAAAUCAUCACCGGCAGAGACAAGCCGGUUUCGGACGAUGCUGAUGACGAUGUGGAGAGUGAAGAUUUCGACAGCGAGCAGAGCGAGCCCGACGCAGCUGAUGAGGACUGGGUGGCGCUGGCGGCGUGA